AUGGACGUCGACUUGAUCCAGGUCGUCAACAAGCUCCAGGAGACCUUUACCGCCAUCGGCGGCGACUCGGUCGACCUGCCUCAGAUCGUCGUCGUCGGCUCACAGUCUGCAGGAAAGUCGAGUGUCCUCGAAACAAUUGUCGGCCGCGACUUUUUGCCUCGAGGUAGCGGAAUCGUCACUCGUCGUCCCCUCGUUCUCCAGCUCAUUCACACUCCCUCCGCAAAGGACCAAGCAAAGCAAGCAAAGCAAGCAAAGCAGGGCAAGCAGUCGCAGUCCGCGCGUCCAUACGACUUUGACGACGAGCCCGCACCAGAGCUCCUGCGCGGGGGCUCUGGCAGCAGGACGCCAACCUACGAAGAGUACGGCGAGUUCCUUCACCUCGACAAGCGCUUCACCGACUUCAACGAGAUCCGACGCGAGAUCGAAAACGAAACCUUCCGCGUAGCAGGGCAGAACAAGGGCGUCUCCAAGCUGCCCAUCCACCUCAAGAUCUACAGCCCCAAUGUUCUCAACCUCACCCUCGUCGACUUGCCUGGUCUCACCAAGAUCCCCGUCGGCGACCAACCCUCGGACAUCGAACGUCAGAUCCGCAACCUCGUCACCGACUACGUCUCCAAGCCCAACUGCAUCAUCCUCGCCGUCAGCCCUGCCAAUGUCGAUCUUGCCAACUCGGACAGCCUCAAGCUCGCCCGCACGGUGGAUCCACAGGGACGCCGCACCAUCGGUGUCCUUACCAAGCUCGACCUCAUGGACCAAGGCACGCACGCCCUCGACAUCCUCACCGGCCGUGUCUACCCGCUCAAGCUUGGCUUCAUCGGCGUCGUCAACCGAUCGCAGCAGGACAUUAACGGCAACGUCUCCAUGCUUGCCGCGCGACGCGCUGAGGAGGAGUUCUUCCGCUCACACGCCGCCUACAAGAACAUCGCACACCGCUGCGGCACCAAGUUCCUCGCCAAAUCGCUGAAUCAGGUGCUCAUGAGCCACAUCCGCGACAAGCUGCCCGACAUGAAGGCACGUCUCAACACCUUGAUGGGCCAGACACAGCAGGAGCUUGCUGCGUUCGGUGACACCACCUUCCUCGGAGAUCAGCACCGCGGCUCGCUCGUUCUCAAGCUCAUGACCCAGUUCGCUCGUGAUUUUGUCGCUUCCAUCGACGGUACCACCUUUGACAUCUCCACCAAGGAGCUCUGCGGUGGCGCCAGGAUCUACUACAUCUUCCAGGACGUCUUUGGUCACGCGCUGACCAGCAUCAACCCCACCCACAACCUCACCGUGCAGGACAUUCGCACCGCCAUCCGCAACUCGACCGGUCCACGUCCCUCGCUCUUUGUGCCCGAAGCCGCAUUUGAGCUGCUCAUCAAGCCUCAGAUCAAGCUUCUCGAGCCGCCCAGCUUGCGCUGUGUCGAGCUGGUCUACGAGGAGCUCAUGAAAAUUUGCCACAACUGCACCAGCUCGGAGCUGCAACGCUUCCCACGUCUCCACGCUCAGCUGAUCGAGGUGGUCUCGGAGCUGCUGCGCGAACGACUCGGCCCCACCUCCGAGUACGUGCAGAGCCUCAUUCAGAUCCAAGCCGCCUACAUCAACACCAACCAUCCCGCCUUUGUGCAGGAUUCGGCCAACAUUGCACGCGAGCAGCGCGAAACGCAGGCACGCAAGCAGGUUGCCUUGCUUCCUUCCUCGUCUGGACGCAGAAACUCGUUUGACGACCCCGCCGAUAUAUCGAACGAGCUCUCGGACGAUGAUGCCGACAGCGCCAACUCGCGCAGCCUCACUGUCAACGGCGCCAGCUCCAAGACUGGCGGCAAUGCGCGCGAUAAGAAGCAGCGGGCUGGAUCGACGCACGAGCUGCGCCCACACUCUGCUUCGGCGCCCGACGGACGAGCCCACCACACCAUUGGCCACGCGUCAGGGAGCGGCUACGCAAAUGGCAGUGGCGCUUCUGUUGGUGGUGGAGGAGCCAAGGACACGUUCCUCAACUACUUCUUUGGAGGCGCGUCUGGGCUUCCUGUGGGCGGUGUUGGACCGUCGUCCGGUUUGGCCGGCUACCAUGCGCCCGCGCCACAUGCACUCCAGCCAAGGAUGCCCGAGUACAAUCAUGCACGCGAGCACAAACCCAACGCAAUGUCCGGUCGUACCGGCCUGGAGGGCAACUCGGCAGCCUACGACAUGAAGUCGUUGGACAAGCAUCUUGAGGCCACUCCCAUCUCGUCAGAUGAGUACGCGCUGUCGGACCGCGAGGAGCUCGAGACGACGCUGAUUCGCUCCUUGAUAGCCAGCUACUUCAACAUUGUGCGUCUGUCGAUCCAGGACCUGGUGCCCAAGGCGAUCAUGCAUCUGCUGGUCAACUUCAGCCGUGAAUCGGUGCAAAACAGGUUGGUGGCGUCGCUGUACAAGGAGAACCUGUUCGAGGAGCUGCUGUACGAGGACGAGGGCCUGACGAGCGAGAGGAAGCGCGUCAAGCAGCUGCUCGAUGCGUACAGGGAGGCCUUUAACACGCUUUCUGAGGUCACAUUCAAGCCGUCGGCCGGUGCAUCUUGA